AGUCAUUUUGAGGAAAAACACACACACACACACACACCAUUUUUUCUAGCUAGUUUUCAUCAUGGUUGCUUCAUUCAACAGCUUGAAGACUUUGGCUAUUGUUGCUUUUGCACUUGCCUUUUGCGUGCAAGUUACCCUAGGGAGCAUAACAUGCGAGAAUUUAAACAAAGAUUCAUGCGCUUUCGCAAUAUCAAGUACCGGAAAACGUUGCGUCCUAGAGAAACAUCUCCGACGGAGCGGUGAACACGUAUAUACAUGCCGGACGUCGGAAAUUGAGGCUGAUAAUAAGCUCAAAAAUCGAAUCGAAACCGAUCAGUGCAUCCAGUCGUGCGGCGUCGACCGGAAUACCAUCGGAAUUUCUUCGGAUUCUCUCUUGGAGUGCCACUUUACAAAGAAGUUGUGUUCCUCUGAAUGCUACAAACAUUGCCCAAAUAUUGUUGAUCUCUACUUCAACCUUGCUGCUGGUGAAGGUGUAUAUCUUCCGAGGUUGUGCGAAGAACAAGGUGGAAAUGCACGCCGCGGAAUGGCGGAGAUCAGAAGCUCAGGAAUUGUGGCACCAGCACCGGAAAUGGGAGUCAAGCCCGCCAAUUUCAUGAUAUCUCCGGCAAUGGCUCCUUUUUAAAUUCAAUUAGAGCGUAUAAAUAUUGUAUAAAAUAAGGACUUUGGUAUCACAAUUACCAUAUAAUUUUUUUUUUUAAUAUAUGCCAUGUUACUAUUUUAGUGUGUUAUGCCAUACAAAGUGUUAGGUCACGAAGGUCUAGAGAAAUUAUGAUCGUGUUUCGUUUUAGCCUAAUGAGAAGAACGGAAAGGUACUUUAUAAUAUAUGUUAGAACUUUAAUUGUUGGC